CUGAGCUUAGAAGUAGCUCUAAAGAGAGAAUGCGUAGUGGAAGCAAUCGUUACUUAGCGAAUCUUUUGCGUUAUUGCAGAGAUGAAAGGUGUAAACUUUCCGGGAAAGUCAUACAUGGGUUCGCCGUUCGGACUGGAUUUUCCGGCGAUACUUAUCUCUGUAACCGCUUACUGGAUUUAUACUGUGAGUGUGGUGAUGGGGAUUAUGCACGAAACGUGUUCUACGAAAUGCCUGUUAAAGAUGUUUAUUCAUGGAACGCUUUUUUGACAUUUAGUUGUAAAGUUGGGGAUUUGAGGGAAGCUUGUGAGGUGUUUGAUGGAAUGCCUGAGAGAGAUGUAGUGUCGUGGAACAACAUGAUUAGCGUAUUGGUGCGAAAAGGGUUAGAGGAGAAAGCUUUGGUUGUUUAUGAGAGGAUGGUUUCUCAAGGGUUUUUGCCUUCUCGUUUCACGCUAGCUAGCGUUUUGAGCGCUUGUAGCAAGCUCUUGAAUGGCGUUAACGGUAUGAGAUGCCACGGGAUCGCUGUUAAAACCGGUCUUGACAAGAACAUAUUUGUUGGGAAUGCAUUGUUGUCUAUGUAUGCAAAGUGCGGGCUUAUGGUGGAUCAUGGUGUUCGAGUCUUUGAAUCUCUCCUUGAGCCUAAUGAAGUCUCUUUUACAGCUGUGAUUAACGGGUUAGCUCGGGAAAACAAAGUUUUGGAGGCAGUUCACAUGUUCAGAUCGAUGUGUGAGAAAGGUGUCCAAGUGGAUUCUGUUUGCUUAUCUAAUAUUCUCAGCGUCUCUGCUCAAAGAGAGGAAUGUGAUAGCUCGAAUGAAAUCUAUCGCAAUGUGCUUGGGAAACAGAUCCAUGGUCUCGUGUUAAGGCUUGGGUUCGAAGGAGAUCUUCAUCUGAACAAUUCGUUGCUUGAAAUAUAUGCAAAGAGUAAAGACAUGAAUGGUGCAGAGAUGAUUUUUGCUGAGAUGCGUGAAGUGAAUGUUGUCUCUUGGAACAUAAUGAUAGCUGGGUUUGGUCAAGAGUAUCGAAGUGACAAAUCAAUUGAUUAUCUAAAUAGAAUGAGAGAGUCUGGAUUUGAACCAAACGAAGUUACCUGCAUUAGUGUUCUUGGAGCGUGCUUCAGUUCAGGGGACGGUAGGAGAAUAUUCACUAGCAUGCCGCACACGAGUGUUACCGCAUGGAAUGCUUUUCUGUCUGGCUACUCCAAGUAUGAACACUAUGAGGAAGCAGUGAACCAUUUCAGACACAUGCAGUUUCGGAAUUUGAAACCUGACAGAACCACUCUGAGUGUGAUGCUAAGUUCAUGCGCGAGAUUGAGAUUUUUGGAAGGAGGGAAACAGAUCCAUGGGGUAGCAAUUAGGACCAAUGUUUCUAAGAACAGUCACAUAGUUAGUGGUCUGAUUGCAGUGUACUCGGAAUGCGAGAAGAUGGAGAUCUCUGAAUGUAUCUUUGAUAGUUGUAUAACCGAAUUGGAUAUCGCUUGUUGGAACUCGAUGAUCGCAGGUCUUACUCGCAACUCGCUAGACACAAAAGCUUUAAUGCUCUUCAGAAGAAUGCAUCAGACUGGUGUGUUGUUUCCUAAUGAAACUUCAUACGCUACUAUGUUAGGUAGCUGUUCAAGGUUAUGUAGUUUACUCCAUGGAAGACAGUUUCAUGGCCUGGUAGUGAAGAGCGGAUAUGUAAGUGACUCCUUUGUUGAAACCGCUCUUACCGAUAUGUAUUGUAAGUGCGGUGAAAUAGAUUCAGCUCGGGAGUUCUUUGAUACAGUGUUGAUUAAAAAUACUGUUCUUUGGAACGAGAUGAUACAUGGGUAUGCUCAUAACGGACGAGGCGAUGAAGCUGUUGGUCUGUACAGAGAGAUGAUUACAUCGGGAGAGAAGCCCGACGAGAUAACCUUUGUCUCUGUCUUGACUGCUUGUAGCCACUCAGGCCUGGUGGAUACUGGGUUUGAGAUACUUGGUUCGAUGCAGAGAGAUCAUGGAAUUGAACCGAAGCUGGAUCAUUACAUAUGUAUAGUUGAUUGUCUUGGAAGAGCUGGUAGGCUUGAAGAUGCAGAGACUCUUGCAGAAGCUACACCAUACAAAAGCAGCUCUGUUUUAUGGGAGAUUCUACUUAGUUCAUGUAGAGUCCAUGGAAAUGUGAGCUUGGCUAGACGAGUUGCAGAGAAACUCAUAAGUCUGGAUCCUCAGAACUCAGCAGCUUAUGUGCUGCUAAGCAACACAUAUAGUUCUGUGAGACAGUGGGAUGACGCUGCAGCUCUUCAAGGAUUGAUGAACAAGAACAGAGUUCAUAAGACUCCAGGUAGUAGCUGGAUCACAGAGAGCAUUGCAAAUAGCUUGUAAAGGUAAACACAAUGUAGAUUACAGAAAG